AAGUCAGCGCCUUAAAAGUAAUAUUAAAAAUUGAAAUCAACCUAAAAGCUCCAUUGUACAGAAACUGGAGCUCUAGCUCUUGAUAGAGAAAAACUGACCAUGGAAGAUUUCAGAUCCAGGUCAUAUGGCGAUGGACGAAUGCAAAUACAACACUACCAUGGUCAUGGAACCCUGGGUCCCACCUUAUCAUCAGGUGUCAGUAACAUGCAAGAUCUCAGAUGCUACAGUGCCUCCUAUGCUUCCUCCGUCUACCCAACGCAAUCCCAGACCCAGACCCAGAUGACCAAUAGCGAUUUCAAGUUCAAAAAGGGCAAGUCCACAAAUGGGUCUGUUUCCAAGUCCUGGAGUUUCAAUGAUCCCGAGCUGCAACGAAAGAAGAGAGUCGCUAGCUAUAAGCUUUACACUGUAGAAGGGAAAGUUAAAGGGUCUUUCAAGAAGAGUUUUAGGUGGCUCAAGGAAAGGUACUCUAGAGCUGUUCACGGCUGGCGGUGACUCCUGAAUCUUUACCUCUGUUCUGUUAUCCUCUCUUUUAUGUUUCUUUGGCUUCUAAGUUGUUGUACUGUAUUGCUGUUUUAAGUGUAUGAUAGUUUUAUAGUAUCAAAGUUCUUAAAUUGAUUGUCACAAUGAAUAAUUCUUCGCUCUACUUUGUGCACUAAUUGGGGGACCCAAAUAGGCUUAUUGAUUCUACCACGAUUGUGUUGAUGUGUGUUGGGACCAGCAGCUUGUGAUAGGAAUGUUAUUAGGAAUCUAUUUUCCUGGAUUACUAUACUUGUAUCAUUGAGGUUAGUUUUGAAAUUGAGGUUAUAGAAUUGUAAUUUUGUUUCCCUGUUUGGGGUUUCUCAAUUGACAGUAUGCAUAUGAAUGUUGCUGAGGGUUUGAUUGAAUUAAAUGCCUGUUUGCAUCAA